CCUCUUCAAACCUCGAUCCGGCUCCCAGUCUUGCUCGGUGCUUGUCUGCCUUCGCGAGGGGAGAUUUCUGAACGUGUCCAUGUCAUGACACAGGACAGCGCAGGAUCGAAGUGGUCGCCUCUCAAGCCACUGGAACCACAGUGCACAGGACUCUUUUGCAGUGGUUUGAGUUUGGUUACAUGAAAUAUGCGAUGUUUGCAAGAGUGCCCGGUUCUUUUUCUGCUACACUUUGUUUUCAUUCUGGCAGCCAGCCACAUAGAGCUCUCCGACUCUGGCGGACUCUUCUCCCUGUUUGCAGAACAAGGUCAGUUGUCAGAGUCAGAUCUAUCCACUGUUCACCCAGUGAAAACCACAGCUGAUGGAGAGUUCCUCUCCCACUCUCUGGCUCACCACUUCAAAGGUGGGCGAGUCAGGCGUGACCUGCGACCCCUUGGUUUGGAGGGACAGGUUUACUACAAGGUCAACUACAAGGGUCGCGCUUUAAUGUUUAAUUUGACUGCUAACAAUCACCUGGUUUCAAGUGGCUACAUCCUGGAGAGGAGGAACGGCAGUGCUAACAGCACUGAGCAUCGUGGCGCUGACAGGAACUCCUGCUACCUCCUCGGCACAGUGGAAGCCCCCGAUGUGUGGGGAACUGCUGCCAUCAGCACAUGUAAAGGAUUGAGAGGCUUCUUCUCCCUGCCAGAGGGACACUUCUUUAUUGAACCAGUCCAGAACUCUGCUGAAGAUCCUGUAGGGACGCCAGAGCCUCAUGUUGUCUAUCCAAGAGUUACAACAGAGAGCCAGAGAACAAAACGCAGUCUUGAGCCAAACGAGACACCCAGCCUCUGUGGAGUUCAAGAUGCUCUCAGUGACUUUGUCCAAGUGGAGAGGGAGAGGGAGGAGUGGGAGAGGGAGCAGCAGAGCGAGGAUCCUCGGCCCCGCUCGCAGCGCUCCGUCAGCAGAGAGCGGUGGGUGGAGACCAUGGUGGUGGCGGACGCCAAGCUGAUAGAAUACCAUGGCAGCGAUAAUGUGGAGUCCUACAUCUUCACCAUUAUGAACAUGGUGGCAGGGAUCUUUCAUGAUGCCAGUAUUGGGAAUGCUAUCUACGUCAUCUUGGUUCGCCUCAUUCUACUCCAGGGAGAAGAGAAAGAGUUGAAGAUCGUUCACCAUGCAGACACCACUUUGGCCAGUUUUUGUGCCUGGCAGAAAAACCUCAACCCCCAGAGUGACACCCACCCUGCUCAUCACGACGUGGCUGUGUUGGUCACUAGGAAAGACAUCUGUGCUGGGAUGAACCAGCCCUGUGAGACGCUGGGUCUGUCCCACCUGUCUGGGAUCUGUCAACCGCACCGCAGCUGCAACAUCAAUGAGGAUUCAGGACUACCUGUCGCCUUCACCGUCGCUCAUGAAAUGGGCCACAGCUUUGGAAUCCAUCAUGACGGUCAGGGGAAUGACUGCGAGCUGGAGGGGAGGCACCCGUUCAUCAUGUCCAGACAGCUGAUGUACGACAGCUCGCCUCUCACCUGGUCCUCCUGCUCCAAAGACUACAUCACACGCUUCCUCGAUCGUGGCUGGGGUUUCUGUCUGGAUGACCGUCCUUCUAAGAGAGACCUAACCACCCCGCUGGCUCGCCUCGGUGUCCGCUACACCACACACCACCAGUGCCAACUCCAGUACGGCCCGAACGCAACCUUCUGCCAUGAGGUCGAUAACAUUUGCCAGAUUCUUUGGUGUUCAGUGAACGGAUCCUGUCGCUCCAAACUGGACUCGCCUAUAGAUGGCACCCGCUGUGGACCGGAGAAGUGGUGUAUCUCAGGAGAGUGUGUGAUUGUGGGUAAACUCCCAGAGAAGGUGAAUGGAGGCUGGGGACAGUGGACGAAAUGGUCUCACUGCUCCAGGACCUGCGGGACUGGAGUUCAGUCAGCAGAGAGGGAGUGUAACAACCCCAAACCAGAGUUUGGUGGCAAGUACUGCACCGGGGAAAGGAAACGUUAUCGGACCUGUAACACAAAGCUGUGUCAGAAUAAUGAACCAAGCUUUCGAGAGAUGCUGUGCAGCGAGUUUGACACUGUGCCUUACCACAAUGAGCUCUACCAGUGGGUCCCUGUGUCCAACCCAAUAAACCCAUGUGAGCUGCACUGUCGACCAGUCGUUGAGUAUUUUACGGAGAAGAUGCUGGACACUGUGACAGAUGGGACUCCGUGCUUCAUGAACAACAAGUCCAGAAACAUCUGUGUCAACGGAGUGUGCAAGGCGGUAGGCUGUGACUAUGGCAUUGACUCAAACGCUGUGGAGGAUCGCUGCGGGGUCUGUUUGGGUGACGGCACAAGCUGUGAGACGGUCUACAAGUCGUUUGAUGAAGAAGAAGGCUUUGGGUACAUGGACGUGGGUGUGAUACCUGAGGGGGCACGGGACAUCCUGGUAAAGGAAGUGGAGGAAGCAGGUAACUUCCUGGUUCUGAAGACCGAGACCUCUGAGGAGUAUUUUCUCAAUGGCAACUUUAUCAUCCAGUGGAAUGGGGAGUACCAGGCCGGCGGGACGACAUUCUACUACGAACGCAGCGGGAACAUGGAGAACCUCACGGCGCCUGGACCCACCUCACAUCCCGUCAUGCUGCAGUUGCUGUUCCAGGAGAAAAACCCAGGUAUAAAGUAUGAGUACAUCAUCAAGAAGACAAAAGGGACAGGAAAUGAGGUCAUCGAACCCAUCUACAGGUGGAGGCACGGGGCAUGGACUGACUGCAGCACCACCUGUGGCUUAGGUCAGCAGCACCAGCCUGUGCGGUGCUUUGAGAUGGACGUGGGUGUAGUGGAUGAGUCUCUGUGUGACCCGGCCAGCCGUCUGGAAGACAGAAUCCGAAAAUGCAAGAUUAUGGAUUGUCCUGCAAGGUGGUGGGUGGGUGGCUGGCAGCAGUGUACUUCCACCUGUGGAUCUGAUGGGGUACGGAAGCGAACGGUGCUCUGUGUUCGGACAGUCUCAGGGGAGGAAAGGGUGCUCCACCCUGCCGAGUGCAAGCAUCUCUUAAAACCCAAACCUGUGGUGCCGUGCAACAGAGAUGUACCCUGUGGUCUGAACUGGGUUGUCAGCAACUGGGAAGAGUGCCCAGUCACAUGUGGAGGCAGUGUUCGAUCACGUUCAGUCGUAUGUGCACCAAAGAAGACCUGCGACCUCUCAACUAAACCUCGGACCAGAUCACUGUGCGCCCUACAGAGCUGCCCUAACUCAGGUCUUCGUAGACGCCCCGGUCCUCCUCCUAAAUAUCGCCAAUUGUACCCUCCUAAGAGCAGCCCCACCAACCACUCCACGCCCACACCUACCUGGACUCCCCCGAGCACCAUGGCCACAUCUGCACCCACAGCUGCUGUCACUGUGAGGAAGAAAACAACCACCAAAGAAACUACAACAGCUUUCAUCCUUACCACUGCUUCCCCUCUAACCCCUCAAACCACAAUCCCUGAAAUCAUAGACACAGAUGAUUAUGAGCCCAAUGUUCACGUGAGAAAAAAUGAGGAUAAGAGAGGGAAAGUCUUCCCAUCUAAAGUCAAUUCUGCUGAAAAGGACAUAAAAACUAAAGGCAUUGUAAAGGUAAAAGUUCAGGAGGAGGGAGAGGAGGGCAGUACACCAAAUUUGGGGAUGUAUACUCCAGGAUAUGAUUAUGCUGUUGAUGAUAGGACAACAAAGGAGGAGGGUAUUAUUGACCUGGAUGUUUCCACAUCUACACCCCUGAGAAAUCCUCUUAAAUCAACAACACCAACACUACAUAUCCUUAUUACACCCACUUUACAAACAAAUCCGCCUACCGUGCACACAACCAAAGCACCCACCACCUACCCCGCCCCACACACCAGUACUGAAUCAUGGGCAAAGACCACUCAACACUAUCCCUUCUCAGAUCAACACACAACCUCUCGUAUUAACCCACACAGCCCUUGGACACGCAGGGUUCCCCUCACCACUCCCAGAUAUCACACAGUACCAUCAAAAUCUGGUUUCAACACAACACAAGCGUAUUCCACAACUAGAAGAAAACCUUUCACCACUGCAGCAACCCCCAAGUCUACAGUGAAGAUCAUUAAACAAAAGAAGCCUGCAGUGACACCAAGGAAAACCAGUUCUACCACUCGUCCUAAAAAUCCUUCUUCCUCGUCUAAAGGAAGUCGCACCAAGAACAAAAACCAGCGACCAGAAGAUCCCACAAGCAGCUCCGUCAGUGACAAAAGCAAGCAGAUGGCUAGAGAGCCAGUCAGCAUGGAUAUGUUCUGGGUCGUAGGAAACUGGAGCGAGUGUUCAACAACAUGUGGGAUUGGAGCAAUAUGGAGGACAGUAACAUGCAGCUCCCAGAAUGAUGAGGACUGUGCCAGCAAGAAGAGACCUGAGCCCGCGCGCACGUGUCACCUGCAGCCCUGUGCCACCUGGCAAAGUGGCAGCUGGAGCAAGUGUCCUGAAAACUGUGCAUUGGUGGGAAGGAGGUACCGUGAAGUCCAGUGUAUGGAUUCUCAGAGUAAACGUCCCCUCAGACCUUUCCACUGUCAAGCUGUGUCCAGCAGACCCCUCAGCACCCUGACCUGCCCCCACAAGCCCUGUAUGACCUGGAGCACAUCACCCUGGGGACCGUGCUCUGGCAGCUGUGAUGAAGGUGUCCAUGAGCGGCUGGUGUACUGUCCCGAGCCUCAUCGCUGCAGCACCACACUGAGGCCAAACAGCACACAGCCCUGCAGUCUUAAGCCCUGCACCGACUGGAGGGCCGAGGACUGGGAGGAGUGCUCUGUGAGCUGUGGUGGGGGUCAGCAGCAGCGUGAAGUCAACUGUUUGAGUGAGCAGGAUAUGGCCGUCAUGCCCAACAGCCUCUGUGAGAAGAUAUCCAAACCAGAAACACUCAGGAAGUGCAAUAUGCAGGAAUGCAAGACCAACACAGGUGCCGUUUGCAGGAAAAACACCAUGACCUCUCGCUUCUGUGACAAGCUGAAGCUGCUGGGUCGCUGCUCCCUCAGGUCCAUCCAAAGACAGUGUUGUGUCACCUGUCGGCCUUAGUCAGGGUUACACACCCACAUAUGUAUCAAAAUCAACACAUCCGGACUACAGUCACACUUACUGUACUGUCUUGCUACACUGACAUAUAACCAUUCCAUCAACAGUCUGACACGUCCAAACCAAAUAGCUAAUAACCCCAACGAGCACACGUUAAUCGGCACAAAUAAAACCUGGAUCAGCUCACAUCUUAUAUAGUCAUAAGUACAUAAAGACAUGUAUAUAGUGAGCAAGAGAACAAGCCAAAAACACUGAUGAUGAAUGAACCUAUAGGGACAAAUCUCAGAGCUUAAUGUUAAUAGAUUCAUGUUGAGGUGAGCAGAAAUGCUUAUUGGGAUUAAAAUAUUUCUGCUGUCAAUAUUUCUUUUGUUAAACAUUUUUUAUGAAUUAACUGCCACAUUUAGAUUUGGACAGAUGUUUAAGGACAGUGUUCAAAAUAUACCAUAACUUAAAAAGUAUUUACUGGUUCAAAGUACAAUAAUUCAGUAGAAACAGACUGGAAAAAAAACAUGAAAGUAAAUCAAAUUAAUAAUUUAGUAGAAAAUCACAAUUCAAGUUCAAGCGUUACCCCUACACAACUGUGAUACAUGUGCCUUUGUAAUCAAGGAGCAUGACUCACAACUCUACACUAAAGUUACCAGUUAUAUUUUUAUUUGAAUGGUAACAGGUAAAAAGAGAAUGUAAAUAACGUUUUUUUUUAGACUUCUAUUGUUAAUAGCAAUAAUUAACUGUGUUUUUUCUUUUAUAUUUUACUUUUUUCUGCUUGAAUUGUGGUUUCAUCCUCAGAGUUGGCACUGUGUGUUUACAUUUUCCUGGGUACAAGUUCCUGUUUUAGUCAUUUGUUGUUACGAUUGUCAAUGAUAAUUCAAACCUGUGUUGCUCCUCCUCCUAGUGUGAGAUUGACCAAUGAGAAAGAGGUGUUGCAGGUCAUCCCUCUCAGGUCCCUUCUUUGUUUGUAUGAUGUUGUACAGGCAUUACCAUUGCCAUUGUCACCUUGACUAAUUUUUACCUAUGUUUUCUAUAAUAAAUGUGACAAUAAAAUGUGUUAAUAAAAUAACAUGAAUUGUU